AACACAGAGCGACAGAGGAGAAAGAGAUAUAUAUCAGAGAGAUCAGUUGUGAGUGAGAGAAAAAAAAUAUAAGAGAUCGAGAUGGCAAUGAGGUGGUGUGUAAUGCUAGUUCUUGCUCUAGCUGUAGUCCACGCUACAGCUAGGAUUGUGCCCAGCGAUGCUGGCCUCGACGACCAAAAGAACUUCGUUUCGUACGGUGGUGUUGGCGGCUAUUCUGGGCUCGGCAGCGAUGGACUCCCCUUUGGCGGAGUGGGUGGAGCUGCUGGCAUCGGUGGUGGGCUAGGCGGUGGUCUCGGAGGUGGGCUCGGAGGUGGACUCGGUGGAACCGGCGGUGGUUUAGGUGGAAUCGGUGGAUUGGGUGGUACUGUUGGUGGAGGUGUCGGCAGUGGGUCUGGUGUCGGCGUUGGUGGUGGGAGCGGCGUUCUUCCAAAUCCUUGAAGUUGUUGUUGUACUGCGUGCAUGGGAUUUGAUCAGUUCAUUACCUAAUUACCUUACCGAUAGUUUACUGUUUGGCAGUAAACUAUCGGUAAGGUAACAAAUAGAACUGAGAUGUUCUAUUUGUAGUUGUUUGAGAUGUUCUGCAUUUUGUUCUAUUUUGUUCUUCUUAAUUUUCAGAUCAGCUAGCGAGAGACGUUUGUAUUUGGAGAUGCUUUGUUUCCAACUAUCUUAGAAACCAAAAAUAACAGUAUUGAAGAAAAUGUUUCCAUUUCUCUUUAAAUAUUA